UUUGUAUUUGUCAAAUACAAGUCUUUGGUGUGUUUUGUUUGCAGUGUAGCUUUUCAGUUUGUGUCCAGAAGAGAACAUUUUACGAAGCGUCAAACUUAUCCUGAAGUGUGACGGAGAGGUUAACCUCUGGACCUCCUGUAGUGACUUAUGAGAGAUAAUGGUCUUUAUUGCAGUGUAGUUCUGGAUGCCCACGAUGAAUCCACGGACUCUUUCCCUCAGAGCCCUGCUCCUCCUCGGGCUUUGGCACACGGGGAGAAGAAGUUUAGCCUCAGCUCCAGAUCUGCAAGAUCCGCCCAAGAAGAUAGCUGUGGUGGGAGCGGGCAUCGGUGGCACAGCUGCAGCGUUCUACCUGAGACAGGAGUUUGGAGCCGGAGUCAAGAUUGACGUGUUUGAACCUGAGUCUGUCGGCGGGCGACUAGCGACAGUGAAGAUGGGCGAUCACGAGUAUGAGACAGGAGGCGCCGUGAUCCAUCCUCUGAACCUACACAUGAAGCACUUCAUAGAAAAAUUAGGUAUUCCUCCGAGGAAAGAUGUCCACUCUAAAAUGGCGAUCUUUGACGGAAAGGAACUCACGUUUGAAGAGAGCGACUGGUUUAUAAUCAAUUUCCUGCGCCUCCUCUGGCGAUAUGGGUUCAACUUCCUUCGUAUGCAGAUGUGGGUUGAGAGUGUUUUGGACAAAUUCAUGAGGAUCUACCAGUAUCAGCAAUAUGGCUACUCAUUCUCCUCUGUGGAGAGGCUCCUGCAUGCUAUGGGAGGCGAUAGUUUUCCCACCCUGAUGAACCAGACCCUGGAGGAGACGAUGAUAGGUGAAGGAUUCUCACAGGUUUUCCUCAACGAUAUUGUCGCACCCAUCACUCGUGUCAACUACGGCCAAAGUGUACGCGUCAAUGGAUUUGUGGGGGCGGUGUCGUUAGCUGGAACAGAUUCAGGUCUGUGGGCAGUGGAUGGAGGCAAUAAGAAAGUGUGCUCAGGACUGCUUUACCACAGUAAAAGUGAGCUCAUCCCUGCCAGAGUCACCUCUGUUUCAGUCAAGGUUCGACCAUCUAAGACAGGCCCCGCCUCCAGUUUCUAUGAAGUGAAUUAUGUUGAUGGAUCAGGCUCAGCACAUGCUUUGUACGACAUCGUGGUAAUAUCGACACCGCUUCACCAGGGCAAGUCUGACAUCGCCUUCUCCGGCUUCUCCCCUCCAAUCCCGUCUCACUACCCGGGGCGGUUCCACCAGACCGUCUCCACUCUGGUCCACGGUAUGCUAAACAUGUCCUACCUCGGGACCACUGAGCCGGCCUCUCAGUUCACCGUGUCCGACAUACUCACCACGGACUCAAAGGGCUCUGUCAUCCACAGCCUGAGCUCUAUCGACCCUGUUCACAUCCCUCCUGAUUAUAAGCGCCCCCCUGCCAGCCAGACCAAAGUGUGGAAGGUGUUCUCCCCUCAGCCGCUGUCCCAGGAGCAGCUGAAGGACAUGUUCCUCUCCCGAGAUUCUGUGUCUGAAACUCGCUGGCUAGCUUAUCCUUCUUACAGCCCGCCACACAGGAAUACUCCUCCCUUCAUCCUGCACAACCGGCUGUACUACCUCAAUGCUGUGGAGUGGGCGGCUAGUGCCAUGGAGAUGAGCGCCAUCUCGGCCAGGAACGUCGCCCUGCUGGCACACCACCGCUGGCACAAGCAAGUCGGCAAGAUCGACCAGGAAGACCUGCACACCCGACUAAGAGGGGAACUCUGAAAGUGGAGAGAUCUAAAAGCAACAUAAGUGAAGUUUAAACACACAGGUACUCAUUGAAAUGCCUGCUGCACUGUAAAUCACUCCUGUCAGGCGAAUUCAACCUUUUUCAGGUAUCUGGGGUGCACUGACCUUUUUAAGCACAUUUCUUGUGGUAGUUUUGUUUCUAUCUUCUUCUCACCAAAUUAAUUGCGAUGACCUGCAAGCAACGUGUUGUGACAGAGAAUUCAAAUAUUCAAGUAGAUUGUUUACAAGUUAGCAUUUAAACAGAUAAAUGUUGCCCGUUGUAUUUGCAAAGUAAAAACCCUUCCCAGCCUUCCCAGAUCUCAGCUGACCAAAUAAUUGGUUAUAUAUUUUAUUUAUAUGAACAGAUGUUUUUUAAUAGGCAGAAUAAAAGUGUGCUGUGCUGAAUAAGGCUGCGACCAGCAAUAACCACUAAUCAAUCUGCUGAUCCAUCUCUCAGGCUAUAAAAUAAAUAUAUUUUUAAAGAUUAUCACAAUUUCUCAGAGUCCAGAUCAGAGUCUUCAAAUAGCUGCUACUCACCAAUCAAUAAGACAGCACAGAGAAUCUUCAUUUACUUUCAUAAAUCACAGAGAAAAGCAGCACAUUCUUCAAUUCAGAAAGCUAAAACCAGCAAAUCUCUGACAUUUCUGCUUGACUGAUUACUGACAAAAACGGAAAAGGUGAUCAAAAUAGUUGGCAGUUAUUUUUCUUUCUUCUUUUAACCGUUAACUUUUUCAGCUCCAGUGCCGUAUUUUUAGUACUGUGAACCAAGCUGCACAUGCGGGUAAGCACACACUCCUCAGUGUGCCUUUGUUUACACAAGUCUCUUCGACAAAUUAUUUUUAAGAUCAAAUGUAUUUAUGUGCAGUGCUGCUUGUAAAUAAGCCUACUGAUUUUUACCCUUUGGCUAAUUUAAAAAAGAAUAUGAUGUCCUUUCAUCAAAGAUUUCUGUGUCUUACGAUGGUUUCUUCGCUAGCUUUCCUCUUUGGCAGUCCACUGUGUACUGUGUGUUGUGAGUGAGGACGGGUAAUCUGCCUCCAUGUUUCAGAAUCAGAUUUAUUCUUCUCCCUUUAACUUUUAUAACACUAUAAUUGGACAUUCUAAUCGCACUGACAAAGUAUGAGGUGUAUGUUCUCUUAAAAGCUAUAAUUGUGCCUUAAAACCAGAAUAUUGGGGUUACGCCUUUAUUGAAUGAGAAGUGUCCCUUUUGAUGUAAGGUCCUCCUCUGUCCUUAAGUUUGUAAUGACUGUUAACAAUAUGAUGCAUUUUGUACUUUGUUGUCACGCCUGCAGACGUUUUCUGUACCUGUGAUUAAGCUGUCAUGUUGUUUGAACCACUGACCUUUUCCAUAGUAACUAAGAUAAAAUGUAGUUUGCUUAAUUUUCACUUUUUUUAGGUGUAUUUUUCUGGAUAUCUGAAAUGAGCGUUAUUGCUGUUAGUAUUUGUCAAGACAUUCUGUAGCAAUAACAUGAAAAGUGCAGGUUAACUGACAGAAAAGUUUUAGUUUUACUAUUUUACCUUUGUAAAAUAAUAAUAAACAACAGGCCGAUUGAGACUGGCCUCUCCUGCUCAUAUAGAAUGAAUUUUUUAAUAACACAUUUUAACUUUUUAUAUGAAAUGUAAUGUGACUUUAAUAACACUCAAACCUGUCAGACCCUUUUUUAUGUUUUGUUUAUGGUCACAGUAAAGUGAUGAGACCUUG